AUGCUAUCGAGAUCGACAAAGAACCUCGUGCGCAAGAUGACAUUACCAUCUCUAGUAGAAUCCAGAAGGCCCAAGACUAGCCCAGAUAUCGACCCCUCUACACUUUCCAAUUAUCAACAAUUUCAAAUUCAAAAGACAACAUUGAAUCUUGAAGUAUCAUUCGAUCAAAGAAUCAUUAAUGGUAGUGUUCUUUACCAAUUACGUUCUUUGCAGGCCCAAGAGGAAGCAACUAACAGGUUGUGCCUCGAUACUUCAUAUUUACAGAUCCACAAUGUCACAUUAGGUGGUAGUAAGAAUUUGCAAUGGGAGCUAAAACCACGCCAAGAACCAUUAGGUUCUCAGUUGGUUCUAGAAUAUUCUAAAGACAAGAAUGAAGAACAUUCCUUGCAGAUCGACUUUUCCACUACGGAACGUUGUACUGCGUUACAAUGGCUCAGCGGUAAACAGACCUCCGGUAAACCAUACGUGUUUUCUCAGUUGGAAGCCAUCCACGCACGUUCUUUGUUCCCCUGUUUCGAUACUCCUUCUGUUAAAUCCGUGAUUACGGCAAAUAUCGCAUCGCGUUACCCUGUCGUGUUUUCCGGGAGAAUAGCCGCUGACCCAAGUGAUGGUCAGAAUGGCAAUAAAAUAUACCAUUUUGAACAGCCAGUACCUAUUCCCUUCUAUUUGAUAGGUAUCGCAUCGGGUGAUUUGGAGUCAGCACCUAUCGGACCUCGUUCUUCUGUGUAUACUGAGCCCUUUAGGUUGAAGGAUGCACAAUGGGAAUUUGACGGUGAUGUGGAAAAAUUCAUUCAAGCUGCUGAAAAAAUUGUUUUCCCCUAUGAAUGGGGGACAUAUGAUGUUUUGAUCAAUGUUGAUUCUUAUCCCUAUGGUGGUAUGGAAUCUCCUAAUAUGACUUUUGCUACACCAACUCUGAUUGCACAUGAUAAAUCCAACAUAGAUGUGAUUGCCCAUGAAUUGGCGCAUUCAUGGUCAGGUAACUUGGUAACCAAUUGUUCAUGGAAUCAUUUUUGGUUAAAUGAGGGAUGGACUGUUUAUUUGGAACGUCGUAUUGUAGGUGCGCUUCAUGGUGAGCCUGCUCGUCAUUUGAGCGCCCUCAUUGGGUGGAACGAUUUAUCGGAAUCUAUCAAUGCUAUGUCUGAUCCUGAGAGGUUCUCUAAAUUGUUACAAGAUUUGGGUACCAAAGGUGAUCCCGAUGAAGCAUUUUCAUCCGUACCUUACGAGAAGGGAUUUAAUCUGUUGUUCCAUUUAGAGAACAAGUUAGGUGGGCCCGAAAAUUUUGAUCCGUUUGUCAAACAUUAUUUCCAGAAAUUUGCCAAGCAAUCUUUAGACACUUAUCAAUUUUUGGAUACCCUUUACGAAUUUUAUCAAGAUAAACGUGAGAUAUUAGAUUCGGUAGAUUGGGAAACUUGGUUGUACAAACCAGGUAUGCCACCAAAACCUAAAUUUGAUACUUCAUUGGCUGAUGACGUCUACGAAUUGGCAGGUAAAUGGUUUAAAGCAGCUCAAUCUGGUGAUUACAAUGGAUUUACGCCAGACGAUUUAAACAAAGUUAGUACCGUUCAAUUGGUCUUAUUUUUAGAUACAUUGGUACAAUCUGAGAAUAGCGUAGACUGGUCUAAACACGCAGAUGCUGCAAGACAUUUACUAGAAAUCUACCAUGAAAAGGUCGUUAAUUCACAGAAUGCGGAAAUCGUUUUCAGAAAAUUCAGAUUUCAAGUUGAAUCAAGAAUUGAAGGGUCUUACAAAGAGUUGGCUCAAUGGCUGGGAACAGUAGGUAGAAUGAAAUUCGUUAGACCAGGUUUCAGACUGUUAAACAAGGUGGAUAGGCCAUUGGCACUUGAAACCUUCCAAGAGUUGAAAGACACCUACCAUCCGAUCUGUAAAGCCCUAGUUAAGCAGGACUUAGGUCUUUCGUGA